GUCGACGUUUUGACGCCAUAACACAUUACCACUCGUCAACUUGCUCGGAAAGCAUCAGCACGAGCUACCCCGCUCCAUCACUCAGCAGAUCAUACAGCUGUUUCUCACAGUCAAGGUCUAGGCUCUUCGUUCAAGCCUCGCCCCCAAUUGUAGAUCGCUGAAUCCGCACACCUCAAGCGACUCAUCGACCUCGUGUCCAUCUCAUCUUCUCCCCUUUCAGCCUCUGACAACCUCUCAUCACCAUGGCAGCUCUUCCCAAACGUAUCCUCAAGGAGACCGAACGUCUCAUGUCGGAUGCACCUCCUGGCAUUUCUGCGGCUCCCAACAACGAUAAUCUUCGUCAUUUCGAUGUGACCGUUGCUGGACCCGAUCAAUCGCCAUACGAAGGCGGCGUGUUCAAACUUGAGCUUUUCUUACCUGAUGAGUACCCUAUGAACCCUCCCAAAGUGAGAUUCCUCACGCGAAUUUAUCACCCAAACAUUGACAAGCUCGGUCGAAUUUGUUUGGAUAUUCUGAAAGACAAGUGGUCUCCAGCAUUGCAAAUCAGGACAGUAUUACUCUCCAUCCAAGCUCUGCUCGGCGCGCCGAACCCUGACGACCCACUCGCCAACGAUGUCGCUCAGAAUUGGAAAGAGGAUGAAAAGGCAGCUAUCGCUCAGGCUAAGGAGUGGACGAGGCUGUACGCCAAUGGAGAAUAAUUAGUAUAAAAAGAAUGGUGUGAACAUUUUUGGAGGGAUAGACUGAGGACAGUAGUGGAUGACUGUGAGGCGUUGAAGGCGUUUUGAAUCCGAUCUUGUCUGGAGGCGGGAGGGGAUCAUGGGAUCAGGACAGCGUGAGCAAGGGGAAUGGAGACGGAAGGUCUUCGUACAAGAAUGGAAGACUGGCGGCGACUUGGGGCAUUCGAUGGCUCCUAUUUUGCCACAUGGUUUCCUUGACCCAUUCCUUUUCUUUGACAGGACAAGAUACCCAGGCAUGAAUCAUUCCAACUUUCAGAA